AUGAGCGACGAAAAGGAAAAGCUCAAAAAAAAAAUACUACAUGACACAGAAUAGCUAGCCAAGGGUUAAAGAUUUGCCUUGUUCUCUUCUCCAGUCCCCUUGGGUUUAGGAGACGACAGUUACGAUUUCAAAAAGAGACCUCCUAGAGGGGAGAAUGGCAAACCGAUUACUCAACCUACCAAUAUGAAAAUUGGAGCCCCUAAAGGCGGGAAGAUAAGAAGCUCGUAUUUUAGUUAGGUUUCUUUUACUUCUAUUGGCGAUCCUUAUAUGGAUCCAGAAAGAAAGGAUUUGCAAUAUGAAUUGGAAAAAACAAAGAAGAUACUAUUUAAAGAUCAGCCGUUUAGACCUGCAUCAGGUUAUAAGGAAUUAUUAGGAGGGCCUUGGCCACAUAUGAAAGAUUUUGAUAUGAAGAAGACUAGAAACUAUAAAACUGCUGAUGGACGAGUUUGGUCAGCUCCUCGCAAUAUCACAACAAAUCCUGCUAAUAAGGAAUUAUCAAAGGGAUAUCCGCAUCAAAAGGAUGAAUACGAUAGGUUUCAUUAAUAUCAAUUGAAAUUAUAAAUGGAAGCAAAAAGAAGGGAAAAAGAAGUUGCUUUCAGAACAACAGUAGCAGGAGGGGAGAAUUUCAAUAAAGACAAAUAAGUAUUUGGAUCGGAUGGAAAAGCUCCUCCUCCAAAUAAAGAGAAGCCUCAUGAUAUGCACAUAAUGAAACAUGAAUAAAAUUUCAAGCCUUCAAACCCAGGUAAGAAGGGCAUUGAAGGAGAAUUUGAAUAAAUUACUUAUAAACCAGAUCCACUGAAACCCAUGAAAAGAAAGGAAUGGCCUAAAGGAAAAGAAUAAUUCAGACCCAACCAUUUAGUCGUAAUGUCAAGGCCAACUCCAUCAAUUACGUGUUUUAAAUAGAACAUUAGAAGAGUAAUGAGUGCGAAAGGAUUCUGA